CCGCGCGGGAGACCGGGGCAAGAGGGCUCCUCAAUUACAGCAACCGUCGACAUCAACACUUUGUCAAUCAGAACCAUAACGACUGACCAGGAGCCCAGCAACCAGAGCAAACCUCAAGCCCUGGGUAAAACCGACAGGAAAACAAAGCAAAUAUUGCAGUUUCGCCGCUGUCUCGGCGACCAAACAAAUCACAAUGGCGGGCGGUGCGAUGAGAUACCGGACGCUGGGCCGGAGUUCAGCACACCGUCAAGCCCUCCUCCGUAACCUUGUCACAUCCCUCAUCAAGCAGGAGCAAAUACAUACGACAUGGCACAAGGCAAAGGAGGCACAGCGUCUGGCCGAACAUGUGAUAACGCUGGCAAAGAAGAACACCGAUUCGAGCAAGAGGGAUGCAAUGGCCAUUCUUUACUCACCACACGAACAUAUCGACAAGCUCAUGAACGACCUCCGCGAGCGCUACCAGCACCGCGAGGGUGGCUAUACCCGUGUCCUGCGCACCGAGCCCAAGAACAAGUACGACCAGGGUGAAUCUGCUAUCCUCGAGCUCGUCGAUGGGCCCAAGGACAUGCUGUAUGCCAUAACGGCUGCCGCCGUGGCCAGGGACCGCGCUCUCGGCCGUCCUCACACGGCGCUGCUGCUGCACAACCUGGCCAAGGUCACUCGCUUCCGCGGCGAAAACGCAAAGGCGGAAUUCGAGGCCAUGGUUGAGCGCAUGGCAGCGUUGGAACUGACCAAGGCCAGGAAGGCGGAGCCGCUGAGCAAGAUGGGCCUGGCAGACUCAUCCGACGUUCGGCCAAGCGCCUACCAGGUUGUUCCGAGGGUAGAGAAGACCUGGAGGUAAAAGAAAUGAUGGGAGAUGUUUCGCUGUACGUGUGCAUCUCGGUUCAGAGGUAUCUUAAUGCCAUUAGAGACACACGUACGGAUUCUUCGAAUCCAGCGCCCCCCCUAAAAACCAGGGGGAGCUUGUACAUUACAAAACUGUACUACUGCAACCUAAAAGCCCCUGGAGAAUAGGUAUAUAUACCAGGCAUGUUAUCAAUACAACAUCGGC